AUGGAUAUCGAAUAUCUUUUAAAAGCGAUAACAUGUUUGUGUUGUAACCAAAAUCAUCUCACUAUCUUGAAGUAUAUUAAUAUGACCAUUAUCUUUGUAAAUAUAUAAAAACAAAGAGGAGAUCUGUUGCAGGACAUUCACAAGGAUGCAAUUGGUAUUUUCCAUCAUAAUUCAAUUCAUCUAAAUAAUUAUUACUAGUUAAAAAUGGGCAUGUCUUACAUCUAUUUAGAUUUGAAAUAAAUAAUGAUGAAAUUGUUGAAAUAAUAAAAGAAUAGAUUAUCAAUUUUAGCCCUAAUUAAUUUUGACAAGGAUGUAUAUUUGAAACAUUAAAAGAUAAUUGAGAUUAUUUAAUUACUUGCGAUGAAAAAUCUUAGUAAAUUUAAAGAAGAAGAUAUAAAUAAAGAAUAAAAAAUUAAAUACUUUUGA